GUAUCAUUGGUUGGAUAUGUUUUUUCGCUUCAACUCGCAUCCUCAGGGAGGGGAAAAGGUGUAUAAAUAGAAAACCUGGUAUACCCUUGUUUCAUUUUUGUUAACGUUGUACUUGUUCUGCUCACCUAGCGUCUCAGAAACGUGACCAUGGGACUAGGAGGAGGUCUAAGUUUUUUCAAGUACAUGAUGUUUGCUUUCAAUUUCCUAUUUUGGCUUGCAGGUACGGCACUCCUAGCUAUUGCACUAUGGCUGCGUUUCGACAAGAGCACGUCAGAUCUUUUCCAAGUCUCAGGAUCACCUUCCACAUUCUUAACAGGUGUUUACCUCCUCAUUGUGGCUGCGGCCCUCAUGAUGGUGGUGGGUUUCCUGGGAUGCUGUGGCGCCAUUAAGGAGUCCCCACUCAUGCUCGGGCUGUUCUUCAUGUUCCUGUUCCUCAUAUUUAUAGGAGAAGUAGCUGCUGGAAUCUGGGCACUGUCCAAUAAAGACACGAUUGUGGAAGAAGUGAAAAACUUCUACACUGAAACUUACAACAAUUACCUGGCUACAAAGCAGGAGACCCUCAAGGAGGCUUUAAGGGUUUUCCAGUUUAGUCUUCAGUGCUGUGGUACUGGUGGAAUUAAUUUUGAUGGGGCCAGGGACACCUGUCCAAAGAAACAGGAUACGGAGCAGUUCGUCACCACGAGUUGCCCAGCUGCUAUAGAUGACCUGUUCAACUCCAAGUUGCAUAUAAUUGGAGGUGUGGGAAUUGGCAUUGGUGUGAUCAUGAUCUUUGGUAUGAUCUGCAGUAUGAUGCUGCUGUGUGCCAUCAAACGAACCCGAGACGUUGUGUAAGGAAGCUCAAAGGUCUGUCGCCACAGCUACCUGCCUGUGAGGGAUUUAGCUUUAAGGAAAGCCUGUGUUCCCUGUUAAAAACUGAUGCUUCAGCACUGAUUAAAAAUUAAAGCUCUGUUCUCUGAUGUAGCCUGACCAUGGUCUGAAAGUGACUUGACCAUUUAUAAUAUUGAGUAUUCUAUUGAUGUCAUGUUUUACCAUUUGUAUCAUUGUUUUACCAUUGGUAAUAGCUUGGGCUACUAAACACUUUUUUUAUUUUGUGUAUUUAUUUAUUUUUUUUCUUUCCGCUUAUGUACAUGAUCAUGUUUGGAUUUUAUUUUCACUGUUGUAACAAUUUAAUUUUGAUUCAUUAUUUUUAUCAAUAUAUUUCUCCAUACACACCCAUAUUAAUAUAUUGAAUAACGAAUUGAAAUGCUAAAUAAAGUUAUCUAAUAACUG